CCUCCCGAUCGCUCCUUCUUUAUUGAGCACUGCCCCGCCAUGCCCGCUGUGUGCCUCGCCGCUCCGCUCCACUCAGGAGGCGCCCGCCGGCCGGCGCUCUUGCCGCAUUGCUGGCCGCCAACAGGCUGCUGCUCGUGAGCUCCGAUUGCCGCGGCUGCUGAGUGACACCGGCAGAUGGGCGCCUGACCGCGGCGGCCGCUGGUCGCUCUCCGCGAGUCUCUCCAGCUCGUUCGCUUGUCUCAGGACGGGACGGGGCCAUGUUGUCCAGGAAGGGUCUGAUUCCGGAGGACUUCGUGCUGACCCGCCUGGCCGAGGACGUCACCCAGCCGGUGUACCGAGCCAAGCCGAGGAAGGCGCGCUUCGUGGCCAAGAAUGGCGCGUGUAACGUGGCGCACACCAACAUCAGGGAGCAGGGCCGCUUCCUGCAGGACGUGUUCACCACGCUGGUGGACCUCAAGUGGAUCCACACCCUCAUCAUCUUCACCAUGUCGUUCCUGUGCAGCUGGAUGCUCUUCGGCAUGAUCUGGUGGCUCAUCGCGUUCGCCCACGGCGACCUGGACCGGGUCGGCGGCCCCCUCGAGCCCUGCGUGACCAACAUCCACUCCUUCUCGUCGGCCUUCCUCUUCUCGAUCGAGGUGCAGGUGACCAUCGGCUUCGGCGGCCGCAUGAUCACCGAGGAGUGCGUGUCCGCCAUCCUCGUGCUCAUCCUGCAGAACAUCGCGGGGCUGCUCAUCAACGCCAUCAUGCUGGGCUGCAUCUUCAUGAAGACGGCGCAAGCCCACCGGCGCGCCGAGACCCUCAUCUUCAGCAAGCACGCCGUCAUCGCGCUGCGCAACAAGCGCCUCUGCUUCAUGGUGCGGGUCGGGGACCUCCGCAAGAGCAUGAUCAUCAGCGCCACCAUCCGCAUGCAGGUGGUCAGGAAGACCAGCACGCUGGAGGGCGAGAUGGUGCCGCUCGACCAGAUCGACAUCCAGAUGGAGAACCCGGUGGGCAGCAACGGCAUCUUCCUCGUGUCCCCCCUCAUCAUCUGUCACGUCAUCGACAAGAGCAGCCCGCUGUACGAGCUGACGGCCGCCGAGCUGCACCACGAGGAGCUCGAGGUGGUCGUCAUCCUGGAGGGGGUGGUGGAGACCACCGGCAUCACCACGCAAGCCAGGACCUCGUACAUCGCCGAGGAGAUCCUGUGGGGCCAGCGCUUCGUCCACAUCGUCUCGGAGGAGGAGGGUCGCUACUCGGUGGACUACUCCAAGUUCGGUAAAACCGUCAAGGCGCAGACCCCCCUAUGCAGCGCCAAGCAGCUCGACGAGGACGCCAGCCAGCUCAAGGUCCGCCUCUACGACUCGCUGUCCCCCAAGGGCUCGCUGAGGAGGAGGAGGAAGAGCGAGGCGGUGUGGGGUCGGCAGAAGACUGUCACCAAGUGAGCGACAGCACGGGGGUCAGUUAGCUGGCACGUCAGGCAUCCUCGGGGGGCUCCGGCGAUGCCGCGCUCUCCACUGGCGGACCCCGAAUGUGCAGACUCUGCUCGCUUCACUUGGAUUCGCACUUUCUGGAUUUUUAAUGCUGACAAAACUGCAUGAGGGCUUUCCUGAUUCUUUUUUAAAAUGCACUUCAUAUUUUGAUUUCAGAAGGUCAAUAAAGCCUUCCUUGAUUCAGAGACCC